AUGGUAGAGUGUUUACAGCAUGCCACCACUGAAAUGGGCCCUCUGCUUGAGAGACAAAGGGUGAAGAAAGAGUGGUUGAGUGAGGUCACUUACAGAUCUAUCGUUUAAGAAUAAUGACAAAUAAUGAGAAUCCAUAGUGUUGACAGAAGGGAAGGAGACAGAUAAAGGCGUGUUUAAUAUGGGAUGCUUAGAGGUAAUUCCCUGGAGCAAUUCAGGGUUAAAGGACACACUGGUGGAGGAUAUACAGAGAAAUACACUGAUUUAAUAAUAAGGAAUUGAUCGAGAGAGAGACAGAGAGAGAGUGAGAGAAAGUGAGUGAGAGAGAGCGAAACAAGAAAGAUGGAAAAGGGAGGGGAGGGACAGGGAAGAAUAGGGAUUAUUUACUGUUUUAAAUGAAUAAAUCCGUAUUGUGUGAAUCGGGCACAGAGGGGAAAGAGGUGGAGGGGGAGGGAGGCGGCGAGUAAAAAAGAGAGAGAGACACACAAGAGUGAGCAGGCAAACAGCAAUACUGGCAAAUCCUACAGAGCAAUUUGUGGAGGACAUUUUUUAAAAAGAGAAACGAAGAAAAGGAAUAGCUAUCACGGCAAAUCCUGGACCUCAAGUUCUUAACAUCACCAAGAAGUAUGUCUGACCAGUCUUGACAGUGAGACAAUAAGAAAAGUGACUUUUUUCUCAGCUAGGUCUCACUCUCGUGUCAGAAGAGUACAUUUGGGGAGCACAAUGGCACUGAAUAUCGCACAGGCCACUGAAGCAUCACACCGACUAGAGUAGAGAGGACCACUCCAUAUAAGGUAAGUAAAUGUAUCCCUAUUUGAAGAACAUAAAUAUAGGUGUAUAGAAGCGCAUUUUUGAUAGACAUCUAAUUUAAAACGCACUGUACCAUAUACCAAAUGUUAGGCAAAAGCAUGUGGAUGCACUUUUUUCUCAUUUAAAUUUGCAGAUUAGAAUUGUUUCUUAAGCUGCACUGCACUGCCAGGCAGCACAGGAAAUGACCAACUUUGCUACUGCACAUUUUGUGCAAAACUUAAGGUGCAAAUUGUGUUGGUCUACAGCACCAUUCUGCAUGAUGGUGUUUGUGAAGGUGUGUGUGACCGUGCUUGUGUUACACUGCACAGAUGCAGGGAUGAGUGUACCUGGCUCCCACAGUUCACGUUGUAAAAGAGGGGUCGUCAUGGCGAUACUCCUCUACUCCUGUUUCGCUCUUGCUGGUGCCCAGCUGCCCCUUCCAGUCUCUCUCCCUGCACAGAUCUCUGUUCCCCCUCCAUGGCGUUCCCUCUCUCUCUCGCAGGCUGAUUUAGGGGUGCUCUUCUCCAACUCCAGCCCCUUCUCCUACAGCCAGUCCCUGCUUCUCAUGCCUCCACCGGGGGCCAGCUCUAAGGCAGGGGUCCAGGCUUCAUUUGGGCCUUACUCUGUCACACAGCUGGUCUCCACACCUAUCCUCCCUCUUUCUCCUCCUCUCUCAGCAUACCUCCUUACAAAAACAGUCUUGAAGGAAGAGAAAGGGGAUAAAGGAGAGAGGUUUAAAGUGAAAGUGCUGUUUCACAUGAGGGGAGAUGCUAACAAGGGAACCUGCAUCACCCUCCAUGCCUUCAAAGAGACAGAGGAACAAAAAGCAUCCUGUAUAACCCAGCCCCCACUUGGCCUGUGCGUGGUUUCCCUAACCUUACCCAAGGACUGGUUUGAGUUGGAUCAGUCCUCGCAGGCCAACCCAGGACAGAACCCCAGGCUGAGAUACCAACACAGGCACCGGCAACAUGGCCGUGGGCGACGGCGCCACAACAUGCCCAGUGCACUGCGGGACAACUCCAGCCCUCAGUCAGAUCACCUCCAGCUCUACUACUCCUCCUCCGGCACCGUCUCCAACCUCAAAAUGCCUCCCCUGGGGUGUGCAGAGGAUGACAGCCAGCAGCCACAGAGGAGACUGUAUUAUGUAGGGGCUGUGGCUUUUCCAGACAGGGAGAAAGAUAGAGAUAUGGCCAGAAAGACAGUGGGGUGUUCAGACGGGGGGGAUGAGGAGGAUCUCAGGCUGGACUACAAUGUUGUCAUUCGCUAUCGCCGAGGACCGGUUCACACUGGUCAGCCAGCUGGGAUCUCUGUCAACUUGAGGUCAAAUUUCACAGGUGACUCUGUGACUAUUAGGCUGAAGGUAAAGAAAGGAUUGCUCUCUUUGGUGGAACAACCAUCCAUGAACUCUGAUCUCUGGAGCGUCACUUUAGAGAGAACCACAGGCUCCAAGCAUGAUACCGUCUCCAUCAUCUGUCACAAAGUUGGGACUCGAUCGGUUAAUCUAAGUCAAACUGACCUACUGGAGGUUGCUUGUCUCUUGGUUGAUGGCUUGAAGAGAAGCUUUGGAGUUGCCAUGACGGUGACCAUGGCUUGGUGGGUGGAGUAUUCGAGUCGUAAUACCAACGUAUCCCCACACGGAGCAGUGACAAGUUUCCUGUCUUUCACUGACAGAGAUAUUGUGGGCAUCGCUCCCAUCACAGAGAGCAGUACAAUCAUAAACACAGCCAUCUUGACAAGCCAGCCAAUGACCCUUCCUGUAAUUGUGUUGGCUGUUGGAAAUGAUGGAAAGGUAUCUGAUGUUACCUCUGCAGUAAGGUGUCAAUCCACUAACGAGGACAUUGUCAAGGUAUCAAGCGACUGCUCCACCCUCUUUGUGGAUGGGAGUGAAUCAGGGGUGGGUAGCACUUGUGUUGAAGUGGAGUUCUCUCUUGGCAAGCUCAGCGGUUCUGUUUGUCUGUCAGUCUGGGCCCCUGUGGUCCCUCUACGCAUCUCCCUCUCAGACUAUGUCCUCAGUGCCAUCGACGGCUGGAGCUACAUCAGCCAGGGCAGAUGUACUCAAGUUUUUCAGAGGUCCACUGUGCAGGUCCUGGCACAGUUCAGUGCUCAUUCUUCUACCAAGAAGGGUCAACCAACCUACAUGCUGGGAUCACCUGACUGGUUUGUGGAUGUGACGGAGCUGGUUCGGGACUGGCUGCGAGUGGGAAAUCCACGCGUGGCAACACUCAACAAGCAGGGAUAUCUCAUUGGCUUGGAACCUGGAAUAACUACACUGCAUGUGAUUUCAAGCCAGUGGGAUGGUGUGCUUGGCAGUGCUGAAGUGGUGGUGACUUCUGAAACAGUGACCCCAGGUGAUCUCUCAGUGCAGCUGAUUGGUGGACUGGACUUGGCAAUCAAUUCUAACCCAGCCCACCAGUCUGUUGUUACUGCUGCUGUAACAGCACACAAUACUCUCUACAACUAUGGACAGGAAGCAUCUACUAGUAUUUGGCUCCAGUUUAACGACGACUCGGCCAUACUGGUUUCCGCAUUCAGCACUGUUCCGUACUCCUUGCGUCUCUCCUCAUUGGCCGAAUCUGUGGUUGCUGUGACACCCGAGCCACUGCAGCGCAUCCUGGCCCAAGGCGAGGGGGGUGGACCACUGGUCAAAGCAGAGCUCCUCGUUUCAACCUGUGAGCCACUGUCCAACAAUAUUCAAGCCAAUGUGGUGAAAGAUGGGGGUGGAACCAGAAGACUAGCCAAAGGUUCUGGUUGGAUAAGAGUGAACCUGGACUCAGAAGUUUGGCCAAUAGGAAGCGACUCAGACACUGAGAUGUUUGAUGUGUCUGACAUGCUGUUGGAAUCUGACAAGGACCUUUACGGCAACUUUGGUGACAAAGCUGUUAUCGGGAACAUUACCAGUGACUAUACUGCCAAUACUGGUGAUGGUAUAAUAACCAGGAAUGAUUUAGAAAGGGCAGUUUUGACCCCAAACCAUCAGGAGAGUGCUGUUUACUUCUCUCCUGGCAUGGGAAGAGAGAAAGAGCGGCCUGUGCAGGGAGAUAGGGAUCUGGAAGUGGGGUUAGGAGCGGUGCUCUCGCUUCUCUGUCUUUCUGCUCUCCUCUUCCUGGCCAACUGUCUGCCCUGUGCUCUUCGAGAGAGGAAGAAGAGGAAGCAGAGGGAAAAAGAGGGACGAGGAUUGCAGGAAAUGAAGGGAGGAAUAGAGGUGGAAGAGGAUGAAGGUGAAGAAAAAGAAGAGAAUAAGCUAGAUGAGCAGGUAGCAAGACUGAAAACAAAAGUGACAUUUUGUAAGGGAGAUAAGAUACAUACAGUACACACAGACAUAAAAUCCAGAGACUGAAUGAAUGAAUACAUGAAAAAUGAACAAAUAAAUAAUUUAGAACACCGCAAAAUUACAUAUAUUAUCAAGAUGAAACAUAUUGUCAUAUACAUAUUGUCUAUCAACUUACAUAAAUGCAUAAUAAUAUACAACACAGUACACUGUAUAUGGCCAAUACAUAGUAUACACUUGCCUCAGCAUAUUGCAGGUGAGAGGAAGGAAGGUAGACUAAUUUGUCUGGCAUCUUGUUGUCUUACCAUUAGUUGUUAUUAAAAUGGACAUAGUUGUGUAGGCUGUCAGGUCAGCUCUGAUCAGAUGCGUUUAUUAUUCAUUCAUUUACAGACAAUCUGGCAAUCAUUCUGGUUUAGGCUACUGCACAGUAUACUGUUCUCAGUGGUUGGACGACUCGUAUGACACGGUGCACCAAAUCAACAAGCUAACCCAAUUCCUGAAAUGGAUUUUUUUUUUCACUGUGGUACCUGCAAAGUUCAACUGAGACAUUUUUUUCCAUUUAAUUUACAGAGCCGUUUGACUCGAAUAGGCCUAAUCUUUAUGAAGAUAAAGGCUAACACACAGCAAUUUACAAACAAUUCCAACAAUUUACAUUUAUAUACAACUACACUCACACACACACAUUAAAAUGAAAUAAUGUUUGUUGAUUUAAUUAUUAAGCUGUUGUUGUUUAAAUUAGUUUGCUGCAUUCAUAAAGGGCCAUAAGUGUGAUGAAAUGAUCCAGCUUCUGUUAUCACGCUACAAUGCUAGCAAACCUUUUGAAUGUGGAACGGUGGUGCGUGGUGUGGUGACUGAACUUUUAUUUUGUAAAUAAAUAUUUAUUACCUCAACGAUUACGUAUGUCUCCCUGGUAGUCUAGUGGUUAGGAUUCGGCGCUCUCACCGCCGCGGCCCGGGUUCGAUUCCCGGUCAGGGAACAUAACUUUUACCCGGAUAACCGUAAUUAUAUCUGCAUGUCCAUAUAUCGUCUGGGUAGCACAUAAAGGUGGAAAACCACUUU